UAACAACUGUAUACUAGUACUCCACAAAUUACAAUUUCUCACCUAAAAGGGAAAAAGAAAAAGAAAAAGAAAAAGUGAAAUAUUUUGUUUUUUUCAUAAAACUCUUCGCAUGCCAAAACACUUUCGCUUGCUUUUCCAGCUUCGCCCUCUCCUCGAAAGCAUCCCCCCUCUCUCUCUCACCCACGAGGCCGGAGCAGAGAAGAAUUUAAAUUGCAAAUACAGUUCACCAUUUCCAUUAUACUAACGAAAAGGUUCUUUCGACAUACAUUACUCACGGAUCCGAUGAUUGAUUCGACCUCAUCUGUUCCGGAACUGAUCGAAUUUCUCAAACCCUCAUUUCGCGAUUGCGAGUAUGAUGAGGUGCAGGGUAUACUGGUGGACCGGGAAAAAAGAGUGAAAUUUGAAAUCGAAAAUCUCGUGACAGAACGAGAUGAACUGAAGAAGCACGUUGAGUUUUUGGAGAAAUCUAAAGGCUACACGGAGUUGGAGAAGUGUGAACUGGAGGAGAAGCUGGGUAGGAGCGAGAGGAGAGGUAAGGAGUUGGACAAAAAAAUUAUGCAAAUGAGUGAGAAACUGGAGAAACUGAGGAAUGAAAAAACGGUUGUUGAGGAGAAGCUGGUUAGGAGUAGUGAAAAAAUUGGGGAGAUGGAUGAACGUAUGGUCGAAUUGGGGAAGGAGAUUGAGGAAUUGAGAAGUGAGAAGCUCUCGGCAACUAAAACCAUUGAGGAGUUACGGGCAAAGGAGGUUGAGGCUGAUCGUGUUGCGCAGGAACUGAAGCGCAAAAAUGCUGAGGCUCUCGUGACAGAACGAGAUGAACUGAAGAAGCACGUUGAGUUUUUGGAGAAAUCUAAAGGCUACACGGAGUUGGAGAAGUGUGAACUAGAGGAGAAGCUGGGUAGGAGCGAGAGGAGAGGUAAGGAGUUGGACAAAAAAAUUAUGCAAAUGAGUGAGAAACUGGAGAAACUGAGGAAUGAAAAAACGGUUGUUGAGGAGAAGCUGGUUAGGAGUAGUGAAAAAAUUGGGGAGAUGGAUGAACGUAUGGUCGAAUUGGGGAAGGAGAUUGAGGAAUUGAGAAGUGAGAAGCUCUCGGCAACUAAAACCAUUGAGGAGUUACGGGCAAAGGAGGUUGAGGCUGAUCGUGUUGCGCAGGAACUGAAGCGCAAAAAUGCUGAGGCUCUCCAGACGAUUGAAGAGCUGAGAGUGAAGAAGAUGAUGUCUGAUAAGGCAGUUGGAUUCUAUGAAAAUGAUUUAGAUCCGAGGAUUUUGAAGCUGGAGAGAACCCUUGCCAACUUGUUCAGUGUGGAUGUGGAAGAUCUUGACGGUCUUGCUGCUAAGGCUGAAGCUGAAGGGAAGGCAAUUUCUCCGAACGGUAAGGUGAACCUCGAAGAAGAAGAUAUGGCAGGGAGGUGAUAUUUUCUGAAAAGCAUAGACAUGAGUUAAGAUUACCUUAGAUAUAGAAUUUUCUUAUAGACUUUGGGUUGUUGGCUUUCCAAUUUUGUAUAGACAUAAUGUAUAUCUCCAUGAUGAGUAGUGUUUGUACGUUUUGAUGAACUGUUGAUUUGAAUACGCUAUUUUACUUAUGAGUAGAAGCCAUAUUGGAUUUUGAUAA